AUGAGUGAUAAAGAUGAAUAUGACGAUUUAGAUGAUUUAUUGGAUGAAGAUCCAAGUAAAUUAGACAUUCCUGAUGUGUCUACAUCCUCCGGCAAUAAUGUCAGUGGUGAGAGCAGUAGUAGAGGAGAUGCGACGAUACGUCAAGCCAAGACCAUCUUAGAAAAUGUAAACACUAAUGAUGGUCCACUAAAUAAGAAGGAUGAAGAUGAAAUCAAAGUCUUACUAAAUGAUCUACAAGACGAAUUUAAGAAUUUAUUGGUUGACAAUGAUGCGGAGGAGAAUAAUGAAGCCUUCAAGACAUUUAAUGAAUUACUUACAACAUUAGAUGAGGCGAGGACUGCAAAAACCACCGAACCAACAACAAACUCCUUUGCUACUGCUGCAACUAAUGAGGAAGAAACAAAAGUGAAUGCAGAGGGAAAAGGGUUCAACAGAGUUGUUUCUGAUACACUAGAUAGAUUGAAAGAGAAUGGUUCCAAAGUUGAUUCUAAAAUUGCAGAAGAGAAAACAAGUGGUAAGGGUAAUCCUGACGAUGUUCUCGCAGCACUAUUAGAUCAAUUGGUUGCAGGGGCAGAUGAUCCUGAUGGAGAUGAUGCGGGUGAAGACACCCUUACAAACAUGAUAAAUCAAAUGUCAUCUAAGGAAAUAUUAUACGAAUCGAUGAUUCAAACACAUGGCGAAUUAACAGAAUGGAUUAAACAGAAUGAAAAGGUAGAGGAACAUCAAGAGAAUAUGGAUCUUUAUAGGAAACAGUGUGCGAAACUUAGAGAAAUCAUGGAUGUUUUUGAAAAGGAAGAUUAUACCAAUGACCUAUAUAGGGGUCAAGUAACUAAAUUAUUAGAUGACCUUGAACAUCUUGGAGAACUACCGGUGAGCAAAGGAUUUAAAAAGGGUAAUAAUGAUGAUAAAGAUGUGGAAGAUAUGAAUAUGGAUGACAUCACCAAAAUAUUAGGGAUGGACGGUACUGAUAAUCCUGAACUAGAGAAAAAAUUGGAGGAAACUUGCAAUCCACAGUGA